GGCCGACAACAGCCAUGGUUUUUCUUCACAUGAAAAGUACUGAGGAAAGUGAAAGGAAAUGGGAGUAUGAUCUGCACUCUUCUCAAUUUGGGUUUCUUCUAACCCGUCUUUUCCUUUUCCACACUCCGAAGUCCAAAAUUUCUCAACUCGUCAAACCAAACCGUCAGAGAUGGCGGCGGGUGAAAUUUUCCGGCCAAAUCUUAGUUCCCUUUCUCUCCUAUGUUUCUUUACCUUAUUCUUUUUCGUUGCCACCUCCGACGAGCUCCAAUCGCUUCUAGCGUUAAAGGCCUCCUUCCAGAACGCCGGAACCAGCGUGUUCGAUAACUGGAAUUCUAGUACCCCGCCUUGUAAAUUCGCCGGAAUUACCUGUAACUCCGAUGGUUCAGUCAGAGAAAUCGAGCUUUCCGGCCAAGGCCUGUUCGGGUCUAUUCCGUUUGACUCAAUUUGCUCUUUGGGAUCUUUGGAGAAGCUCGCUCUCGGGUACAACUCACUUUCCGGCCGGAUCUCCGACGACCUGAAUAAAUGCGUUGGCCUGAAGUAUUUGGAUCUUGGGAACAAUUUGUUUUCCGGGUCGAUUCCCGACAUGUCGGCGCUUAGUGAGCUGACACAUUUGUACGUGAAUCGCAGCGGAUUUUCCGGGAAAUUUCCGUGGAAUUCGCUUGAAAAUGUUACGAAGCUGGAGGUUCUUAGCAUCGGAGAUAAUCCGUUCGAGAAGACUCUGUUCCCGGAAGUGAUUACGAAGCUUACUCGUUUGAAUUGGCUGUACCUAUCGAAUUGCAGUCUGGAAGGAAAGAUUCCAGAAGGGAUUGGAAACCUCACGGAGCUGAUCGAUUUGGAGCUGUCUAUGAACUAUCUUUCCGGCGGAAUUCCCGCCGGAAUUUCGAACCUUCGGAAACUUUGGCAGCUCGAACUUUACAGCAACUAUCUCACCGGGAAGCUACCGGCUGGGUUUGGGAACCUAACGAACCUGGAAUUUCUAGAUGCUUCCACGAAUUAUCUCUACGGUGAUCUCUCCGAGAUCAGGCACUUGACCCAACUGGUAAGUCUGCAACUUCUUGAAAAUCAUUUUUCCGGCGAGGUACCGGCGGAAUUGGGGGAGUUCAAGAAACUGGUGAACUUGUCUCUCUACACCAAUAACCUCUCCGGCCAGCUCCCUUCAAAGCUGGGCUCGUGGGCAGAGUUUGAUUUCAUCGACGUCUCGGAAAAUUUGUUCACCGGACCAAUUCCGGCGGAGAUGUGCAAACAGGGGAAAAUGAGAGAGCUCUUGAUUCUCCAAAACAACUUCACCGGGGAAAUUCCUAAUAACUAUGUGAAUUGCAAAACCCUAAGGCGUUUCCGGGUAAGCAAGAAUUCCCUUUCCGGCAAAAUUCCGUCUGGAAUUUGGGCACUGCCAAACGCAGAUAUCAUUGAUAUUUCAAAUAAUGGAUUUGAAGGUUCCAUUAGUUCUGAUAUCGGAAGAGCAAAGUCGUUGAGUCAGUUGUGUCUUCAAAACAACAAAUUGUCAGGCGAUUUGCCGCCGGAAAUUUCAGGGGCUUCUUCUUUACAUUCAAUUGAUUUGAGCAACAAUAAGUUUUCCGGCGAAAUCCCCGCAACAAUAGGAGAACUGAAACAUCUCGACAGCCUUUAUUUACAGAACAACAAUUUCAUUGGAUCAAUUCCAGAGACAUUAGGCUCCUGUGUCGAACUUAGCGACAUAACCAUAGCUAAAAAUUCUCUCACCGGUCCAAUUCCGGCCACGCUCGGAUUUCUCCCGACUCUAACAUCCUUAAACUUGUCCGAUAAUCACCUCUCAGGCCAAAUUCCGGGGACUUUAUCUUCUCUAAAGCUCAACCUCCUCGAUCUUUCAAACAACCAGUUGUCAGGUCCCAUCCCAGAUUCUCUUUCCAUUGCAGCUUAUAAUGGCAGCUUCGCCGGAAAUCACGAUCUUUGCAGUAAGAACAUCAAGAAUUUCCGGCGGUGUUCAAAGGAGUUCGAUAAGUCCUAUGUUUUUCACACAAUUCUGCUCUGCUUGAUGGCUGCUUGCAUCACGAUCCUCAUUUCACUGGGAUGUUUCGUAUACUUGAAGAAGAAGAAAAGUAAUCCGAGUGAAAAUCAUGAACUGUCUUUAAAGAAAGCUUAUUGGAACGUUAAGUCUUUCCAUAUAUUAAGCUUCGGAGAAGACGAAAUUCUCGACGCUAUCAAAACAGACAAUUUGAUCGGAAAAGGCGGGUCCGGGAAUGUGUACAGAGUCGUGGUCGGGAACGGCACGGAAUUGGCGGUGAAACAUAUAUGGAACUCCGACGUUAAUGGCCGGAGGAACCCGGCGACAACCACCCCCAUUCUUCGGAAACGUGCGGCGAAAUCGAAAGAGUUCGAGGCGGAAGUCCAAACAUUGAGCUCAAUUCGGCAUGUUAACGUUGUUAAACUGUAUUGCAGCAUUACCAGCGAGGAUUCGAGUCUGUUGGUCUAUGAAUACUUGCCCAAUGGAAGCUUAUGGGAUCGCCUGCACACCUGCAAGAAAAUGGCGUUGGAUUGGGAGACGAGGUAUGAUAUCGCAGUCGGAGCCGCCAAGGGGUUGGAGUAUCUCCACCACGGCUGUGACCGCCCGGUGAUUCACCGGGAUAUCAAGUCGAGUAACAUUUUAUUGGACGAGUUCUUGAAACCAAGAAUUGCAGAUUUUGGCCUUGCAAAGCUAGUUCGGUCCGAUGUCAUUCACGAUUCAACUCAUGUCAUUGCUGGAACUCAUGGAUACAUUGCUCCAGAGUAUGGGUACACGAACAAAGUAAAUGAGAAGAGCGACGUGUACAGCUUCGGAGUGGUGCUGAUGGAACUUGUGUUGGGGAAAAGGCCAACGGAGGCGGAAUACGGAGAAAACAAUGACAUUGUGAGCUGGGUUAGCAGCAAAUUGUAUAGCAAAGAGAGUGUGUUAAACCUAGUUGAUUCAGAAAUCCGACAACCUUACAAAGAAGAUGCCAUUGAGGUGUUAAGGAUUGCAGUCAUGUGCACGGCCAGGCUCCCAAGUUUAAGGCCUUCAAUGAGGAAUGUGGUCAAAAUGCUGGAGGAUGCGCAGCCGUGCAAUUUGUUGGGAAUUGUUGUUUGUAAACAAGAGUGUUAAUAAUUAUUAAUAAAACGUGAGACAUCAAAUUAUGAAAUAAUAGUUCAAUAAACUGAAA